GGAUGGAUCAAGCGGAUAGACAGAGACAUUUAUGAGCAUCUUGUGUAAUCCACAAACCUUUCGCUCCCACGUUCAGGACGAUGGCUCCAGGCAUUGUUGCAGUCGCCGGGCCUGGGGGUGACGGCUGGUCACCAUCUUUGUAGAGGAAUGAGCGGGAGGUGUUGGCUGCACCACUCCGCCAUUGUUCAGAAUGGAGACAGAGAGGAGGGGUUUUCAUGGAGGAUGCACAGUGAUACCACCAGCUCCCUGCAUUUUUGCUCAGCUUCACAUUUUUGGAUCAUUGGAAUCUCUUCUGGGGAAGAGAAGGAAAGUAUUUGAGUCUUGAACUGAGCGCACAAUAAAUCUCAACAAGGUCUGAUUGAGUCACCCAAAUUAUUGUCAUCUGAAUCUGAUUGGAUGUUGAGCAUGGAAGGGCAAAACACCAUUCAUGGUGGAGAAAACCCAUGCAUAUGUUAUGUGCAUGGUCAUGGAUUCAGUCAACCAUCUGGCCUUUCAAAUUAUAGGAAGAAUCACACUGGGAAGAAACCGUGGAAAUGUCAGGAUUGUGAGGAGGGAUUCAGAUUUCCAUCUGAGCUGGAAAUCCACCGCCGCACUCACACUGGAGAGAGGCCAUUUACCUGCUUCAGAUGUGGGAAGGGAUUCACUCAGUCAUCCCACCUGAUGGCACACCAGCGAGUUCACACUGAUGAAAGACCUUUUAAAUGUCCAGAUUGUGGAAAGUGCUAUAAAUGUUCUAGUGAACUGAUGCGCCAUCGGCGUGUUCACACUGAUAAGGAACCAUUUAGGUGUUCUCAUUGUGAGACUGGGUUCAAGAUUUCAUCUCAACUCACUGUACAUCAGCGAGUUCACACUGUGCAGAGAUUGGUCACUUGCUCUGAGUGCGGGAAGAGAUUCAGUCAAUCUUCCAAUCUGCAGACUUGCACUCAUGAUAGACUGUUCACCUGCACCAUGUGUGAGAAGAAAUUUGCUCACUCGUCCAAUCUGCUGAAACACCAACGAGUUCACAGUGAUGAGAGACCUUUUAAAUGCUCAGAAUGUGGGAAGUGCUAUAGAAGUCCCCGGGAACUGAUGUCGCAUCAACGUGUUCAUACUGAUGAGAAACCAUUCAGAUGCUCUCAUUGUACAACAGGGUUCAGACGAUCAUCUGACCUCGCUAAACACCAGCGAAUUCACACUGCUCCAAGUGUAGGAAGGGAUUCACUCAGUCAUCUAGCUUGCUCAGACACCAGCGAGCUCACAAGUAAUGUAUUGAUUAUAUUUCACCAUUAAUCACAUCCAGGAA